UAUUUGUUUAUUCAGCUGGUACAUAUCCUCUCUGUGUUUCUCUAUAUUAUUAAUUGCAGCAUUGGAAGCAUUGACCAACCGGCCGGAGCCUCGGUCCUCCAUUGUUAGUUCCUCUUCUUCCCUUCAACCAGCGAGGAUCCUUCAAGUGUUCUUCUCCAGAUCGAAAAUAAAUGGCCAACGAUGCUAGUCAAGGUAAAAGACUGGAGACACAGCAGAGUCUCACAAGUACGUUACCAUCGGAACUAACAUUAGACUUCCUGAAGAAAAUUACUAAUGAUUUCUCCCCAGAUCGAAAGAUUGGUCAAUCCGCAUUUGGGACAUAUUACAAGGGAAUUCUUGAUAAUAAUGGGGGCAUUUUAGCUGUGAAGAAGCUUGCUGAAAACUCGCCACUGCCACGGGACAUAUCAUUUGCUAAUGAGGUUACAAACCUUAUGGCUCUUGAACAUGAAAAUAUAACAAAGUUAGUUGGCUUCUGCCGUGAAGCGCAUACGAAAGUGGUUCAGCGCCAGGGAAGAUACGUGGCUGUUAAUAUUGACGAAUGUUUGCUCUGCUAUAAAUACCGGCCUAAUGCAAGUCUUGACCUGCAUCUUUUCGAUAAAACACGUGAAAUUGACUGGGACAAACGAUUCAAAAUAGUUAAGGGGAUCUGCAAUGGUUUGCGUUACCUUCAUAAAGGAUUGAGCAAGCCAAUCAUUCAUAUGAAUCUUGUGCCCAACUCUAUAUGGUUGGAUGAUAACUGGGUGCCAAAGAUUGCUGAUUUUGGGUUGUCAAGACUCUUUGGUGGUGAGAAAACCCGGGCGUACACAAUGAAUGUUGUGGGACAAAACGGAUAUAUGGCUCCGGAAUAUCUAUUCCAGGGUGAAAUAAGCACAGGGUUAGACAUUUAUAGUUUAGGUAUGAUAAUACUAGAGAUCGUCACUGGAGAGAGGAACUGCGGCAAUAGUGAAGACAGGGCAGCAACAAAAUUUGUUGACAAGGUGCGUCAAGAUUGGAAGAAAGAUGACGAUAUAAUAUGCAAGUACCCUUCACUAACUGAUUUUGGAUUAGAUCAAGUGAAAGCUUGUAUUGUAGUUGCGUUGAAGUGUUUGGAAGCUGAUCCGAACAAGAGGCCUUCCAUAGAGGAUAUCAUCGAUAAGCUCAAUGGGAAAAUUGUACUCAUUUUUCAGCAGCAUAAAUAAACACGGUCUUUUCAAGGAGCGAUUGAUGUCCAGUAUAAAGUAAACAUGCUCUAUUGUCAAUGGAGCUCACAUGUUUUCUUUCGGAAACAAGCUAAGACACUUUUGAAUACAUAAGUCAAACGUUGUUAACUUAUGUAUUUUUUUCAACAGCAGAAUUGCCUCUAUGAUUGUACUUUUUUUAAAUUAAGAUGUCUCUCUACAAUGAAGAAUGCUUGUCUCGAUUGAUAUAUGCCAU